GUCCACAUUAAGUGAGUCCCUGCUGGUCCUGUUGGUGUAUUUGUUGAGUGUGAGCAGCUGAGUCAGAGCUGAAGCCAUCAAACAUCAUGUCUGUGUUUCUGCUCGCCAUCUGCCUCCUGGGAGGUUCCUUCCUCCAGGUGUUCAGCCAAGACAAAGGUCUUUGCGACAAUGAGAACGGUGGCUGUAAACAUUUCUGCCAUGUUGUUGGAGGAAAUGUAGUGUGUGCCUGUGCUGACGGUUACUUCCUGGCACAGGACAACCAAUCCUGCAACUCCAAUGAGACUUUUAGAUGCGGCGCCAUCGUCACUGAUGUCCAGGGACAGAACAGAACCGAGAAGAGAAGCUUCACAGAGGAGCAACAUGAGGAACAGAGGAACAGCAGCAGUCAGAUCAGCUCAGACAGGGAAGCACAGACGGGGACCAUCAAUGGACAGGACUGUCCACCAGGACACUGUCCAUGGCAGGCUCUCCUGAUCAACGAGGACAACAUCGGAUUCUGUGGGGGAACGAUUCUGACCGAGUACAUCAUCCUGACUGCGGCUCAGUGCGUGGCCCAAACCCGGUACCUCAAAGUCAGGCUCGGUGUCUUCAACACGUCCCACAGUGGUGGUAACGAAGCCUUGCAUGUGGCGGACGCCAUCGUCACUCACCAUGGUUACAGCCCACAGACCUACUUCAAUGACGUUGCUCUGGUAAAACUAGCCACGCCCAUCAGGUUCACCAGGUACAUGCUGCCAGCCUGCAUGCCGGAGCCAGACUUCAUGGAGAAGGUUCUGAUGCGGCAGCCGGAUGCGCUGGUCAGCGGUUUUGGAUAUCUCGGUGAGGGUCAACCGUCUGACAUCCUACAACGCCUCUUUCUGCCCUACGUGGAUUGGCAAACCUGCAUGGACUCAACGCCGCUCAGCAUCUCCUUACGAAUGUUUUGCGCCGGCUACGACUCAAUGGGGGAAGAUUCCUUUCAGGGCGACAGCGGCGGCCCGCAUGUCACACGUUACCAUGGCACCUUCUUCAUCACCGGGAUCAGGAGUUGGGGCAAAGGUCACACCCACAAAGGAAAGUUUGGCAUCUACACACAAGUGUCUAAGUUCAACCGCUGGAUCAAAGAGGGCAUCAAGAAGCUGACGCCGAUAGAGAAGCGCGGUACCAGGACGAAGAGGCACCACGGCGCCGUCAAACGGUUCCGUCUGUAGACGGUAAUCAUCCAGCAACUCCUGUACCUCUGUAAUUCAGACACAUGGAAACUUUCUACUGAAAUACGUCAUGCUAAUGGAGAGGAGUCCCUCAGGGCUGUUAGUUUAGGCUCCUGGGCUUUCAGUGUUGUUUUGGUUUUGUUAUGGAACCGACUAAUAAAAGUAAAAUCUUGUUAGUUGAAGCAUUUGUAGCAAAUACAUCUUACAGUAGCUGCCAGAACUAAUAACACUAUUAAGAUUAGUCUAGUCAAAAAAAUGUUUUUCUGUAUUUUGUAUAAUCCAGUGACUAAAAUAAAGAUUUGAAUUAUAGAAACAAAAACUAAGA